AUGCAGCUGCUUUUUUUCCUAGAGCUACUGUUUAUUUGCUUCGCACAUGCUAGGCUAUCGCUAAACCAGUUGGAAGAACUCGAAAACUUCAGGAUUCCGGGCCCGUUAGGUAAAGUGCCCGAUUAUAUAAACCCAAACGGCCCGCUGAAUUUUCUGCAUGGAUACCUAUACAUCAAGAAUGGGCAUGUUCACAACAAGCGGUUUUUUUCCCCAGAAAUAGACACAUGCUACAGCCUGUCCGUCAACACAAGUAGUGAAAUAUACAAAAACGAGCAUAUAUACGAAAGAAGCCCACUCAAGGACAAGGCCUACAAGCCCAUAUCGGAACGCGUUAAAAACGAAGAACUCGACUCUAGAGAAUACCACAAACGGCUUAUCAAAAUGUUUCCGUCAAUAGAUGGGAUUGUAUCGAUAGAGUCUGGAAGCGUUGACUCGUUUGUCAGGUUUCUUCGGACGGACUCAGACCCCAAAAAGACGUGCUGCAUUCUUGCGUCGCUUCUGUUGCUUACUGAGGGCGUGCCUGUAGACAUUAGAAUUGAAAAAACUGCAAUUGUUUUGCACCGUGCAGAUGGCAGUUUCUGGCUGUGUGUAGACACAAAUGUGCCAGUUGUGUUGCGCAACAACAAAAUUCUAGUGAUAGACUCGCCCACCCAGUAUGUGGCCAGGGAAACCAUAAGAUUUUUCAAAAGAAGCGCCAAGGAACGGGCUCCCGUGGAGUCUUUGGACGAGUACAUGGAAGGAGAGUUUUUAAACACGCCGUGGUUUCUCAUACAGGCAUAUAUUUAUGAGUAUGCAGAAAGCAUGCAGUGUGCACAAGAUAUUAUUCUAAGCGCGCACGAAAUACUAGUCGACAUAAUCCGCGCAUUCCGCCAGGACGCACAUGUAUUGGAGAGGGCCCGGACUGCCUAUAAAGUGUUUGAAAAGCUGUUUGUUUCUGGCCUUAGAAGAGAAAAAACGAAUCAGAUGCAUCUAAUCAGAAAAAUCCGAAGCUGCAUGGAAAUCCACUGCCCUUUUCCGUUUUCCGAGUUCAACCAGCUACCUACAUAUACAAGAAUUCCCGAGUAUUUCCACAGCGCAUGCAAAUUUGCUAUUAGUUAUUCAAACACCUUUAGCAAUUGCACCGAAAACGCGCUGUACAUUCUUAUGUGCUGUCUUCUGUACAGCCCAAACACAGAAGAAUACACUCUAGAAGGGCUUCCAAAUCCAACCAAAAGUUUAAAGACGUUCUUUUCUCUGUGCAACCCCUGCCCAGUCGAGACGGUCAACAUCCAAAUUCAUCAGGCAUGGAAUAAAGUGGUUUCUGGCCUGGAAACCCCAGAACUACGGUAUGUUCGAGAAAACAAAAAUGAGCUUUGCUCUGGGAUUCUGAACGUGCUGCUGGUUAUUGCCGAAAUAACCGGAAAGCUGCCCUCGGAAAAAGACACCAUUCUUGGGUUUAUAAAGGAGAUCCACAAAGAAGAUAGCCCAAGUGAGGAAUUUUAUUUGUCUGUGAAGGAGUAUGUUGCGUCCUUUUUUAAGGCGCUUUUCUUCAACAAACAAAUAGAGGUGGAAUGCGUAAACUUUAGGAAAAGCAUCAAAUUGUGCGGUAUAACCGAUAUCCAUGGCGAAAUUCACCUAAAGUAUCAGCUAGACAGCAAACACGAGGUUCUUUCUGUGCGAAUUGGAAUGAAGCAUUCGGACAGCGUAUUUAUAACGAGAGACAUCGCGCUGACAAAGUACUCGGCAUACGGCAUCCGGCACAUAGCAAACAUGUUUAAAGAACAGGGCAACCUUUUGGGGUUUCUUUCCUGGCAGUAUGCCGACGGGAUUCUUGCCCGAAACAAAGUCGUCAGCCUAGAAGGCAAUAUACUAAAGGCAGUUGAAAAGGCAGCGCGCAACGCCACCCCCAAGGGCGUAAACAGCCUGCUUGUCUUAAAGAAAAUAGAAAGCCUGGACUACAAAUCCAUGCUUGUAAACUACUCUGCAUGCUUAGCCAUAGAGAGUCAGCACAAGCUGUCAUAUGCACAGCCCUUGGCGCGCUUUAUUUCAAACAUACUGGGAAGCGAGCAGCUUGAUACCUUACAAGUCCAAAAAAAGCUCUUUGCUAUUUUGCUGUACACAGACAGCUACUCAUUCGCACGCUCAAAGAUAUCAGUUCCUGCACCUGCUUACAGAUACAUUAUGCAGUGCCCAACAGAAUGCCUGGAUCUUCUUUCCUGCAUUCUAAAAACGCCGUGCCCACAUGUUCUUGUGUUGAUGCUAAAAAAGGCUAUAGAGGAAGAAGAAAGUGUUUUAGUCUUCAAGGUCAGUCCUAUACUCUACCUCUCUAAUAUGAAGAGUAUUUUCACAGCGCUGUUUAAUGACAACGCCGUGGCGCGUGAAAAUGUGCUUUCGAAUGUUCUAUUGGGCAAGAGCAAAGGCUGGGACGCGGUUAUCCCAUUGUUAAAUAUGGCCUGGUUUGCAUUUGCCUGCCAGUACAAAAAAGACAAUGCAGAACUCAUUGAGUGCAUAUACAAUUCUAUAACCCGAAUUCCGAAUAGCAUACCCUCAAACCUAAAGAGCCUAUAUAGCUUGCAAAGGACAAGUGUGCUAUCCUAUAUGCGCGAUCACCAAGCAGCGCUGAAGGCAAGCAAAAUGGAAAACCAAUUUAAUUUCUCUAGGCCUUCCGUCUUUUGGCUGGGAAGAAGCAAGCAUCGCAAGUUUGAUGAAAUUUACAGGUUUUUCAGAACUUGA